AUGAAGAGACAGAGAGAGGAGGUGAAGGAAGAGGAGACUGAUCAGUCAUUGGCUGUUGCAGCCAUGGCGGUUGCUGUUGCGUCGGCGGCGGCAGAGGAGGAUGUAUUGUGGGGCGGAGGAGUGGCGGAGGAGAUGACGUGGAGCACCGUGUGGUUACCUUUUUGGGACGUUGAGUUCGUUGGAAGAAACUACAGUUUAUUGUUCAGUGAUGUUGUUUGGGACGAAGAUAUUUGGAACCUUAAGAAUCUAACUCAUUCCUCAUAG